AUGGAAACAGUGCGUGUGACGACCCGGCCCGACGGCGUGUCCGUCGUCGAAUUCAACCGGCCCAGCAAGCGCAAUGCCUUCACCCAGGCCAUGAUCGACGAUUUUACUUCCAAGCUUUCUGCUCUCGAUCAGGACACAUCUGUGCGCGCCGUCGUUGUCACCGGGUCACCUGGAGGGCCUUUUUCUGCUGGAGUGGAUCUCAAAGAAUUGGUCCAGAUUUCAGAGGCCGAGGCACACGAGCGGAAAUUCCUCCGGGACCUGACGGACGCUCUGACAGCCUUCAGCAAGCCCAUCAUUGCCGCCGUCGUAGGCUUCGCGCUUGGCGGCGGGUUCGAGGUUGCGCUGUUGUGUGACAUCAUCUACGCCGCCGACAAUGCCCUCCUGGGGCUCCCCGAGAUCCGAAUAGGCACCAUCCCAGGCGCUGGCGGCACCCAGCAUCUUACCGCGUUGCUGGGCAAGCACAAGGCUAUGGAAUUCAUCCUCACUGGUGCCUCAGCCACCGCGCAGGAGCUAGAGCGUCUCGGCCUGGUCAAUCGCACCUUCCCUGCCGAUCGCGUGCUGGACGAGGCCCUGCAGCUUGCCGCCCGCAUCGCAUCCAUGUCUUCCGCCGUCGCCAAGCUGGCGAAACGCUCCGUCCUGAACGCUUCUGAGAACCUGCUUUCUGCUGGUAUGGACAGAGAAAAAGAAUUGUACUACGCCUCUUUCUCCACCCACGACUGCAAGGAGGGUAUGACUGCCUUUUUGGAGAAGCGCCCUCCAAAGUUCGAGCACCGAUGA